CGCGGAGCUCGAUUGAGCAGCCUGUCCCUCAGCUGCCGCCCCGCCGCUGCCGCAGCAGGGGCCGGACGCGGUCCCGGGCCCGCUCUCGAUGCUGCGCUGGCUGAUCGGCGGCGGCCGGGAGCCGCAGGGCUUGGCGGAGAAAUCCUCUGUACAGACAAUUGGUGAAGAACAAAUACGGAAUCCUUACACGGAGCUCCUUGUGUUGAAAGGCCAUCAAGAUAUAGUACGAUUUCUAGUGCAAAUAGAUGACUGCAGGUUUGCAUCUGCAGGAGAUGAUGGAAUCAUAUUUCUGUGGAAUGUUCAGACUGGAGAAAAACUUCAUGAACUUCAUGGGCACACACACAAAAUUACAGCUGUAGCACCAUUUUCUUCAUCAGAUGUUACUGAAGAAAAAAUGAAUUUGAUUAUAACAGCAUCAGCUGAUAGAACAGUUAUUGUUUGGGACUGCACUAGUGGCAGACAGGUUCGAAAAGUGUCAUGUUUCCAUUCUACUGUAAAGUGUUUGACAGUUCUUCAAAGACUGAAUGUAUGGUUGUCUGGAGGGAGUGAUCUGUGUGUUUGGAACCAAAAAUUAGAUCUCUUGUGUAAGACCAGUCAUCUUACUGAUGCAGGCAUCAGUGCUUUGGUUGAAUUGCCCAAAAAUUGUGUUGCAGCAGCAGUUGGCAAAGAGCUAAUAAUUUUUAGGCUGAGUGCUUCUAACAGUGGGUCUGAAGGUUGGAAUAUCCUUGAAUUAAAGCGCCUUGCUGACCAUCAGGAUAACAUUUCAUCAUUAGUCAGUGUUAAUGAUUUGACUUUUGUGACAGGUUCUCACAUAGGUGAGUUAAUAGUUUGGGAUGCGCUUGACUGGACAAAGCAGGCAUCUGAGUGCAACUUCUGGGACUCUGCUGUCCAUCCAGAUGUACAACCAGAAAUAAAGUUAUCCCAAAGCCCACAUGAAACAUCAGUUCAACACUUAACAUCUGACGAGGAGUGUGUGUUUGCUGCUGUUGGGAAAGGCAUAUACGUAUAUAAUCUUCAAAUGAAGCGUGUGAUUGCUUGCCAGAAAACUGCUCACGACUCAUCUGUGCUGCACAUUGAGAGGCUUCCAAACAGGCAGCUGAUCUCCUGUUCAGAAGAUGGCAGUGUGCGCAUUUGGGAACUCAGAGAAAAGCAGCAGCUGCCAGCUGAACCAGUUCCGACAGGGUUUUUCAACAUGUGGGGAUUUGGACGGACAAACAAGCAGGCAAACCAAGCUGCUAAGAAGAUGCAGGAGAAUACACCUGUGUAUUUCUUGGAGCUGGUUGGUGACUUGAUUGGUCAUUCAUCAGCUGUGCAGAUGUUCCUGUACUUUGGUGAACUGGGAUUGGCUACAUGCUCUGCUGACCACCUCAUUAUUUUGUGGAAGGAUGGUGAACGAGAAUCUAGCCUCCGCAGUUUAACACUAUUUAAAAAAUUGGCACAAAAUGGUGAUUUGCAGCUCAAACUUUAAAUUGUUUGAAUAGAGGCUGUAUAUAUGUAAACUGGAUGUGUUUUAAAUAUGAGUGUAAAGAAUCUGGGAAUCUGACUACUAGUAGGGCUUACACUUAAUGUCAUGUGUUAUAUUGGAACAUAGUUGCUACUAUUCUCAGAGGGGGAUUUUGCAUUUUGUUAUGCUCUGUCAGCAGAAAUGGUGUUCUCUUGAAAGACUGAAGGUAAUGAUGACUCAGUAAAUAGUUUCUAGUAUUAUUCCAAAUGUUUAAAAUUAUCAGGGGUGAAUGUCAAAAUUAAGAAUUGUGAAAUAUGUUAGAUGGAUCAUAAUUAAAGCAGUUGAGGGCAUCCACAGUGCUGUGUGCAGGAAGAAGGCAUGGAAAUAAAUCUGCAGCUUCCUGCUCUAUCUAAAUUAUUUCUAGAAGCUGAACUUUCCUCACUGAUGGCUCGGAUUUGUGCGUAUACAGAAAGCCUUGAAAGAAAGCAUUCUCAAAUAGAAAUUUUUUAUUUGAAGUUAAUAUCCUGCACCAAUGGUGAGAAAAAGAAAAAAAGGUAGGUAAUGCCAGUUUGUCAGGUUCUAAUUUUUGGCAAACUGAUGUACACAGAAACUGUUUACUAGUAGUAGCUGCAGUUUUACUUGGAUUAGCCUACAUUGCUGGAGUUUAUGUAGCAUUACCAUUACACCAUUACCAAGUUUAGCAUGCAGUGUGAUUAGUUUAGCUUGGUCUUUCCAUAGUGCAUUCAUCAAAUUAAAUUUUAUCUAAUAAAAAGCAUUUGCCUUACCAUGCA